CUUCUUCUUGUUUCCUUCGCUCGAUUCUCUUCUCUUCUCCCACUAACCUCCGUUCAAAUUAUUCUCCACCCACUUUCUUCCCCAAGAAUCGUCUCACUUGCUCUUCUUCCACUUCUUCUCGUUUCCAAUCGUUCUCGGUUUCAUCGAUCGGAACUGGAUCUAGCAAGAGAGUACCCGAUACUCGGAUAAACGUGAAGAGCAUGGCUACGACGGAUAUAGGUAAGGAGGAGAAGAAAAGAGUUGAGAUUUACGAUCUCGAGGAGAAUUUAGCGAUUGAUUUGGCUAAAUUCACUGCUAAUCUCUCCGACAAGUUUUGUAAAGAGAGAGGUGCUUUCACUGUCGUUGUCUCCGGUGGCUCUCUCAUCAAAUCUCUCCGGAAAUUAGUAGAAUCUCCUUAUGUUGACUCUAUAGAUUGGGCAAGAUGGCAUUUUUUCUGGGUCGACGAGCGGGUUGUUCCCAAGAAUCACGACGAUAGCAACUACAAACUUGCUUAUGAUAGUUUUCUGUCCAAGGUUCCAAUUCCGCCUGGAAACGUAUAUGCAAUCAACGAAUCCCUCUCCGCUGAGGCUGCAGCGGAUGAUUACGAGACCUGCCUCAAACAUUUGGUGAAGACCAACAUCCUCCGCGUAUCUGAAUCAACCGGCUUCCCCAAAUUUGAUCUCAUGCUUCUUGGUAUGGGUCCUGAUGGCCAUGUGGCAUCCUUAUUCCCAGGACAUGGUCUCUGCAACGAGAGCAAGAAAUGGGUGGUUUCAAUCUCCGACUCUCCAAAACCGCCGUCUGAAAGAAUCACAUUCACAUUCCCGGUCAUCAACUCGUCUGCACAUGUAGCUCUAGUCGUUUGCGGUUCAGGGAAGGCGGAAGCUGUGCAGGCAGCUUUAAAGAAGACUGGGAAUGUACCACCUGCGGGUUCCGUUUCUGCUGAAGACGAGCUGGUUUGGUUCCUGGAUAAACCAGCCUCUUCCAAGCUCUAAAGCAGUGAUAUGCUUGCAUUCCAGUGAACUCACCAAUGUGACUAGUCCAGUUUGGUUUUUGGAUUUUUACUCGCCGGUUCUUUCCAUUUAUGUUUUGGGAAGAGACUGUUGUAAUAAAAGCGUACUUGACAU